GGAGAUCAACAGGAUCUUAGAGAAGAUUGUGCAGCCCAAUAGGAAAGAUUGGAGCAAUAGGCUAGAGGAUGCUCUCUGGGCACAUAGGACUGCUUACAAAGCACCCAUAGGAAUGUCUCCUUAUCGUGUUGUCUUUGGCAAGACUAAUGGGCAAACUGAGAUUUCAAAUAGGGAGAUCAACAGGAUCUUAGAGAAGAUUGUGCAGCCCAAUAGGAAAGAUUGGAGCAAUAGGCUAGAGGAUGCUCUCUGGGCACAUAGGACUGCUUACAAAGCACCCAUAGGAAUGUCUCCUUAUCGUGUUGUCUUUGGCAAGGCAUUUGAGGUCAAAAGUGAAUCCACAGACAAGAGCUUCAAAGUUAAUGGGCACCGUCUGAAGCCUUUCCUCAGCAAUCCAUCCUUGUUGAAUGCAGUUGAAGAGGAGAUGUCUCUGCUCGACCCCGCUACUCUCCCACCAUGA